AUGUCGCGCGCAGAACUCUCGCAGACUGGCGAAACAGCCCCGCAACGCUGUCCCAUAAACAUGACCUGGGACCUCCCCCAAAAAAUCAAGAAGUCUUUCCCCGAUGAAGAACAGCAGAAAGGAUACAAUUUGUUCCGAGUGAACAAAUCGCCACCAGACCCGGCGCCCCGAUCACAAGCAGCCAUCCCCAUCCCCAUUAAACCGCGCCCAGCCUCAGGCCCUCGCGCGCACCUCGACAAAGCCUGCGACCCGCGGGAACCGACGCACUCGCCCACAGAGGCGCAACUCUCCCCUCAAGCCAUCGGAGGCUCGCCACCAACUUUGAUGGAUCCCGCAUCGGUGGCGGCGCACAAGCCUUCCGCGCACGCUUCCGCUGGGAAGCGCACUGGCAAUGCGAUCUCCAAAUCGAACGGGUGCCGCAACAAGAGAGUGGGAGAUAAUGGGUUCGAUGCGCAUGGUCCGCUCCCCUCACUGCCGCACCCACACAUACCCUCCCAACAAACGGUGCCUUCUCCCUACCUCCGUCGGUCGUCGUAUCUAGCGCACAGAUCACAACGCACUCGCCGUCGCGGCAAUGGUGGCCCCAUUGACCUGGACUCGGAUCUACGUCGUCUCACGCCACAAGAGGGUGACUUUGGGCGGCGACGUCUCCGCGACAAACUGCGAAUCCUCGAAAACACAUUGAACCAAGUCAAGGCUAUCGAAGAGGCAUUGGCGCGGCGAGGUACUCGUGCCCCAGCCCACGCCCCCGGUAUCAACUCGGUCGGCUCUGUCUCUGCCCCUCAAUGUGGCCUCGCGACGGGAUCGAGGCAGACCGGCGCCAGCUACGACCUAUGGGCGGGAGUACAUCAUUUCGACACCACCGCCAUUGACCCGAGCCUCUUCAGCGACCGCCAGCGCCAGGGAGAGCUCAUCCCCGAACAGCACCCUCGUCACCAGCACACGCAACAUGAAGACACGUGGAACGUACCGGCCCCAGGACCUCCCCAUCACAACACCCGCGCCCGCGUUGAGGUCGAGAGUGAAGCUUGCGUCCAGCCCGCUCACCGUCAGCAAGCGCAUGCUCACGCUAGUGCGGACGGCCGCAUCGUCGCCGCGCGAUCGUCAUCUACGUCUCAUGGCGAUCCCACUCAACCGCGCUUCUAUCCUGGACAGGCUGGAUUCGGCGAGCAGGAUGACGUCUCUUGGGCUAGUACUCUUGCAGGAUACCCAGCCCCCGAAUCAGUGAUCGUCCAGGUCGAUACCGGACUGGGCGAUAUCUCCAGCGGCAUCCCCAGUGCCGGUGUAUGGGCUGCUGAAUGCCUCGCUUGCAUUGAUGGAGCUAUGCCUUGCGACGUGCCUGUCGUGGGCCUCGGACCAGAGUCGCAAUCCGAUUUCGAGGGCACUCACCAUGCAGCGCCUGAUGAGUAUCUAUGGGGCCCUCCAGCGCUGAUGGAGCGGUGGUGGGGUCCGGCCCUGGCAGCUUCUAUACCAGCUGGCUCUACCGAUUCGGAACCCCGCAUCGCGCCCUACGAGGGACAGCGGCCGAUCGGCUCGGUGAAGCUCCUUUCGAAUUUGAAUGAUUUCCAACCUCCUUCGCACAGUCCAAGACUAGAUGAAUGUGAGGACAGUUCAAGAGAGGACUACAUGACCACUGCUGUUUUGGGGUUUGAGACUCGGUACCCGUAG